GCGCGAACUUGCUUGCAUCGUCCCUUUCAGCUCUCUGAUUCGAGCGGCUGCUCGGCCUGCUCUUCCCGACCACAACCAUGGCCAACGUCGUCACCCAUCCCCAUCUGCAGGUCGACUUUCCUCGCCCCGUCAACCCCUCGCACGCUCCUCUGGGUUUCGGGUUCGGGCUCUCCACCGCACCUGUUAGCGCAGGCUGGGCGGCCACGCCAACCCAUGCGCCGCAAUCCCCCUGGAAUCUCGCCACUAGCACACAAUCUGCCGCGCCCCGCGUACAGAAGAGACGACAUGAGCCCGAUGAAGAGAGCGAGAACAGACACUCGAGGGAUGAUGAGAUGGACAGAAGUCCUACUCCAGAGCGCCUCAAGCGAGCCGUGCCGAAACGUGCACGUACCACGCCUGCUAUCACGAGCGCAAAAGACGAGAAGAAUGCGAAGACGACUAGGUCAUCUUCAGCGAACGACGAGAGCGACGUGGAUGUAGGGGUGUUGCUAGCGAGCCUUCCUCCUCAGUCUCUACUGCCACUCCUCACGUCGUUGCUGACUGCGCAACCAUCUCUGAAGUUGACGGUUCUCUCGCUGAUUCCACGACCCACGCUCGAGACAGCCACGCAGGCCCUUGACCAUGCGGCAAACAAGCUGCGAGACGCGUACCCCUACUCGAAUACGCCUUUCUCCCAGCCCGGGCCUUCUACCUCAUUCGGUUUCGGCUCAGGAGGAUUUGGCAACAACCGCUCGAACGUACAGUCAGCCGCAGGCCUCAGCUUCCCUCGCCUCGCAUCAACAUCUCCCUUCGGCUCACAAUCAGCAUCCGGCCAAUCAGGUGGCAUGCGGGACGAGUACAUACUGUCUCGUCUCCGCCCACACAUCAACGACUUUGUGGCUGCAUGCCAGUCAUACCUACCAUACUUUUCCAAUGCCGCACCCUCCACAGCAAGUGCGUCCGCCUCGCCGAAGACGAACAUGCAGUCGCAUGCGGCCGCUUUGCAGUCCCAGCACAAAGACCGUUCGCAUCCAACGGAGACUUUCCUGUUCCUCUCGUCGCUUACGGCACACGUCCUCAAUCAGCCAGCGCUCACGCAGUCGGCACUUGUGCCCAUGAUAUUGCCGCGUCUUAUCGAGGAGUGGAAAGCUUGGCUCGAUCGUGUCGACCAGGCGGUCAAUCGCGAAGGAGGGAUGUUUGGCUCGGAGACUGUGCGGACGUGGGAGAGGUGUCUCGACGACUUCGCACAAGCGCAAGGAAACGGUUUAGAGAUCCUGAAACAGCUGCGCGACCAUUGGGUACUACGGGUCGGUUGGUUAGUGGGCAGACAGCCCAUGCAGGAACUCUAGUUGUUGCCGAUGACUCUAGUAUGUUGAGAUUCUGUCGCUCAUGCAAAGUAGGUAUUGCAUCUGUCCACUCUCCUUCACCACCUUCGCGCUGUCUACAAUCCCUGUACGCUCAUUUGACGAUCGCUUAUGACCGGUGCUCAAUGAUUCCCUUGCUUAUCCCCACGUGUACUCUCGUCAUUGCAUCCUCGUCUGGAAUUUUGCUAUGUUAAUAGGGCUAGCUAUUACGUCGUCUCGAAUACAUGAUUCUCGUCAACUC